UGCUGUGUGCGUUCAGUCUCCACUUGCACUACGGCAGGUGGCUGUGCAUCCCCUCAUCCCAUUUGCUGCACUAUCCGGUAUGGCUCCUGCAGGGUCAAGCGCCCACAACACUAUACAAGGACCCCUGUCAGGAGAGAGAGGCCACCAUCCUGGACUCCACAGCACCUCCUCCCACCUCCAGCGUCAUCUCAGGAGCCUGUCUGCUCUCCACAUCUGAGUUUCUCUUCUUUUUUCUCUGCAGUUUUUGCCGCCGUGAAUGUGUCACACUCCAGUUCUUCUCCAUCUCCUCUCUCUGGAAGCUUCCUCUCUCUGUAUUUUGCGGCUGCGGAGCGGAGUUGUGACAGAUUUCUUUCCUGGUGAUUUUGUUUUUCAACCACCUGCUCCCCUGGCAUUGAGGAUGAGGACGUAGGUGGCCGGUGGGAAGAUGAGGCUCUGUCCUGGGCUGCUACCUCGGGGUCAAAGAUAUUUCGAAGGGUUAAAGGUGACCACAUCCACGCCACGUCUCGCCGAACCGGCGGCGAGGGGCUAAGAGGAAUCGCAUCGUCGUUGUGCAUUUCUGCUGUCCUGUGUGGAGUUUUGGCUGGGAGGUGGACCUACGUGAUUUCGUGGAACUUUCUGGCACCCCGGAGCAAGCGGUGGGGCGUACCGGGGUAGCUGGAAGUUUGUGGUCAUGGGGAAUGCUGCGGGGAGCAUGGAGCUGCCCCUGGGGCGGGAGUCCAAGAGCGGAGCGGGCACCCUCACCCCGGCAGGCCCACAGAAGCAGCCUGCACCCCCCAAACUGCCCAUGCCAGGAGAGGAGGAACUAGAGGAACGCUUCAAUGUGGUUCUGAACUCCAUGAAUCUGCCUCCAGACAAGGUGAAGAUCCUGUGUCAGUAUGACAAUGAGAAGAAAUGGGAGCUGGUCUGUGACCAGGAGCGCUUUCAGGUAAAAAACCCACCUUCUGCUUACCUGCUGAAGCUUAAGAGCUACCUGGACCAAGGAGGGGUCACCCGCAAGUUUAAGAGGCGUGUCCAGGAGUCAACCCAGGUCCUCCGAGAACUGGAGAUCUCCCUACGGACCAAUCAUAUCGGCUGGGCCCAAGAGUUCCUCAGUGAGGAAAACAAAGGGCUGGAUGUGCUAGUGGAUUACCUUUCCUUCGCCCAAUGUGCUGUCACGUAUGACAUGGAGAAUUUAGAUAAUGGGGUUCUAUCAGGAGACAGAGGGAAAUCCCUGGAUAAAUCCCUGGAAGACUUGAGCAAAAGUGCCAGCAACUCACCCACCCAUGGAGCCUCGAAGGCUGCUCGUGCCCUGACCGUCCGGUUUAACUCCCUGCACAGCAGGAAAGCUCUGCGGAACUCUCGCAUUGUCAGCCAGAAGGACGACGUGCACGUCUGCAUCAUGUGCCUACGCGCAAUCAUGAAUUACCAGUCUGGGUUCAACUUGGUGAUGACUCACCCAAGCUGUGUCAAUGAGAUCACACUUAGCCUCAACAACAAGAACCCCAGGACCAAGGCGCUGGUUCUGGAGCUGUUGGCCGCUGUGUGCUUGGUGAGGGGAGGACAUGAUAUCAUCCUUUUGGCCUUUGACAACUUCAAAGAGGUGUGUGGGGAGAAGAACCGCUUUGAGAAACUCAUGGAGUAUUUCAGCAAUGAAGACAGCAAUAUUGACUUCAUGGUGGCAUGCAUGCAGUUCAUCAACAUUGUGGUCCACUCUGUGGAGAACAUGAACUUCCGGGUGCACCUGCAGUAUGAGUUUACUCACCAUGGACUGGACGAGUACCUAGAGAAACUGAAGUUCACAGAGAGUGAUAAGCUGCUGGUGCAGAUCCAGGCCUACCUGGACAAUGUGUUUGAUGUUGGGGCGUUGCUGGAGGAUGCUGAGACAAAGAACGCCCUUCUAGAGCAUAUGGAGGAGCUACAGGAGCAUAACACACAGCUAGGCUGCAAACUGGAGCAAAGUGAAAGUCAGGCUGAAGAGAAGAUAGCAGAGCUGGAGAAGCAGCUCAUUCAAUCCUCCAAAGAGGUUGAAGUGCUGAAGGAGGGCCUGAGGGAAACGUGUGCUCAGGUGACCGCGCUGCAGCAGAGAGAGCGGGAGAGGGAGCUGGACAGGGAGCGGGAGAGAGAGCGAGAUAAGAACCAGGAAAAGGCCUCCAAAGCCUCGACCGAGCUGGAGCUCAAGGUGCAGGAGCUGCAGUCCCGAGGGCUGCUCCGUGUGGAGCGAUCCCCCUCUGGGAGCCUGGACAUCCAGCUGGUGCCUGUCACUCUUACCGAGCCUGCCACAGGAUCGACCAAUCACACAGGUCCAGCUGAAAUGACAACAGUCGAUGGCCCAGUGGCCCCUCCCCCUCCUCCCCCUCCACUGCCCGCAGCACCUCCUCCUCCACCUCCACCUCCACCCCUGCCUUCUUCCCCUGCCCCACCUCCUCCUCCACCUCCCCCACCUGGAGGUGGCCCUCCCCCACCCCCUCCACCACCUGGAAGUGGCCCUCCCCCACCCCCUCCACCGCCUGGAAGUGGCCCUCCACCUCCACCUCUUCCAGGUGGAUUAUCUGGGUCUCCAGCUACUAAAGGUAAAAAACCCAUCAAGACAAAGUACCACAUGCCUCUCUUCAACUGGCAGGCCCUCAAGCCCAACCAGGUUACUGGCACAGUCUUUAAUGAGCUGGAUGAUGAGCAGGUUUUAGGGGAGCUCAACAUGGACAUGUUUGAGGAGAUUUUUAAGACUAAGGCACAGGGCACUCCAUCUGACCUGGGUACUCUGAAGAUGAAGCUGGGUCAGAAGACCUCCAGCAAAGUUUCCCUCAUCGAGGCCAACAGAGCCAAGAACCUGGCCAUAACACUGCGCAAGGGCGGCAUGAGUGCCUCUGGAAUCUGCACAGCCAUAGAGACCUACAAUCAGGAGGUUCUGAGCCUGGACUUCCUGGAGCUACUGGAGCGCUUCAUCCCAUCAGAGUAUGAGCUGAAACUCAUCCAGAACUAUGAACGGGAUGGCCGGCCGCUGGACGAGCUGUCGGAGGAGGACCGCUUCAUGAUGCGCUUCGGGAAGAUCCCACGCCUGACCCAGAGGAUCAGCACCCUUACCUUCAUGGGCAACUUCCCUGACAGCGUGCAACUACUGCAACCGCAACUGAACAGCAUCAUUGCAGCAUCAAUGUCCAUUAAGUCCUCCAGCAAACUGAAAAAGAUCUUGGAGAUCAUCCUGGCCUUUGGGAACUACAUGAACAGCAGUAAAAGAGGUGCUGCGUAUGGCUUCCGCCUCCAGAGUCUGGACCUACUACUGGAAACAAAGUCCACAGACCGCAGGCAGACCCUGUUGCAUUUCAUCAUCAGCAUAAUCCAGCAGAAGUACCCUGAGCUGCAGUCCUUCCACACUGAGCUGCACUUUGUGGACAAAGCUGCCCUGGUUUCUUUGGACAGCAUCCUGCAGGACCUGCGGUCAUUGGAGAAGGGCAUGGAAGUAACCCGGAAGGAGUUCAUGGUUCAGGAUGACAACCCUGUGCUAAAGGAGUUCCUGAAGAUCAACAGUGGGCUGCUGGACGCACUGGUGAAUGAUGGGAAGACAGCCCAGGAGGCAUACAAUUCGGUAGUGGAGUAUUUUGGGGAGAACCCAAAGACAACACCACCCUCUAUGCUUUUCCCCAUAUUUGUGAGAUUCAUCAAGGCCUACAAGCAAGCUGAGCAGGACAAUGAGCAAAGGAGGAAGCAAGUGGCUGCAGAGGAAGUUGGGUUGGCACCUGCCACACCCAUCAAGAGAGAGGCCACAGAGCACAAGAUGCCUAUCAUGCCCAAGAUGCCCCAGAUGGAUCUCAUAGCAGAGCUGAAAAAGAGGCAGGUGAAGCCCCUCGUGAGAGAAGGCAAAGACGGGGCUAUUGAAGAUAUCAUUACAGCUUUAAAGGCUGUGCCCUUCACGGCUCGGUCUGGCAAGCGCUCCUCUCGUCUGCUCUGCGACUCCGGCUAUGGCGACGAGAGUCCAUCGUAGCCACGGCUCUCUCUCUCUCUCUACCUGAGGAACCAGCCAUACAGACGGACAGACGGGGGGCGGCGAAGUAGCAAAAGAAAACCAGGACAGCAGCUCCAGGUGUCUUCUGACAUCUCUCUGUGACACGAUACAGCAGACCUGCACACAACAUGUGACCACACAAGCAAACACUCGCUCUCACAUAAACACAUGCACACCAGGAAAGCCAAACAAAAGCAAAGCAGCCCUCUCCCCAGAGUGUAUAUUCUGUAGGGGUCUCUGGCCCAACACUGCAUGGCUGCAGGCCAGUUCUCAGAGCUAAAUCAGCUUUGGUUUUUAUUUCACAGUUCAAUGCCAGCAGUCACAGACAGAAUCCACUGUGUAACUCUCAAAUGCAAGCCUUUGCCUUUGAAAGCUGUGCUGAUACUUUAUAACAGCCCUGAAUAAAGCUGUCGCAUCAAUCCCAAUGUAAACCAAUGCCUGCUCCGAUCACAGAUAAUGGCUGUUAGAGAAGGCUCUUUUCAGGGCAGAAAAGAUCUUACAGGAUGUGCAACCUGUGGGAACGUCAUCUAAUGUCAUUUUAUAGCUUUUAACUAGCUUGUUUUAAUCAGAAAAAUGUUAUAACAGAAGUGUCUGACCAAAGAUGAGUGACAUACAGGAAUAUAAUGUCUCUUUGCAUUCAUAUCUCCCUCCCUCUAUUGGUCAGUGAGGAAGUGACCUGAAUGUCCAGAGAGAAAUUGAGUAUUUAAUUUUUAACGUUUAAUAUUUAACACAAGAGUGUGUGACCUCUUAACAUAAGAAAGAAACUCUAUAGUCUAGCAUCAACUUAUUCACUAAACCAUUGUCGGCUAAUGUAUAUAUUACCUGAAAGACUGCAUAACCUAUAUAUACUGUACAUGUUCAUGCAGCACAAACUAUAUUUGUAUUGUGAAAAACAAUCCUUGGGACUAAUAAGGCCCAUUUCUUAUAAUCGUGGGCCUGUUCAGUAAAUGGCAUGCAGUUGGCUGUUACCUGACCUGCAAAGCAAAUUGCGAUUUACUGUAAAUUAGCAAUACACUGUAGUCCCUGGGCCUAUGUAAUACAGAUGACCUAGAUGCAAACCUGGUGCAAACCUAGAAGACAGUUUGUAUUAUAUUCAAAAUGACUUUUUAAAAUGAAUGUGUAACAAUUACUCAACGUUUUUAAGGCCUUUAUUUGACGUUUUUAUGAAUUUUGUUUUGAACUAAUAAAGAUUUUUAUAUUGUGGUAGAA